AAGAAUUCACAAUAUAAGUACUUGUAAAUUAUGUCCUUCUUACAAAAAUAUUCUCAUGCAACAUUUACAGAGUGAGGACUGAGGGAAACUACCCUCUUUAAAUUAUGUCCCUGUUGCUAAACUAUGUGCACAGCAAAAGCAGGUGGACUGGAUUUGGGUCUUGUGCAAUUGUGCUUUUAGCUGUAACGGCACAUGGUUUACAACGUGCCAAACGACCAUUAACCCUUUUGAUUUGGUUUGCUUUUCAUACCUUGAUUGCUUGGGCCAAACCUUAGCAGAAGAAAAAUAUGUCAUUUAUUACACAUUAGAUAUUAGUAGAAAUGUUCUUCUGUUUUUGGGAGGGGGUAUAAAUACGGGGCAUCAAGUGUAAAUGUGUAGACCUUGCAUCUAACUUAACAUUAGUAGAAGAAAAGGAUGUCAUUCAUUACACAUUAGACACUAGUAGAAAUAUUCUUUUGUUUUAGGGAUGGUUUAAAUACAGAGCAUCGAGUGUAAAUGUGUAAACUUUAUGCAUCUAGCUUAACAUUAGCAGAAGAAAAAUAUGUCAUUCAUUACACAUUAGACACUAGUAGAAAUAUUCUUUUGUUUUAGGGAUGGUUUAAAUACGGAGCAUCGAGUGUAAAUGUGUAGACUUUAUGCAUCUAGCUUAACAUUAGCAAAAGAAAAAGAUGUCAUUCAUUACACAUUAAGCAUUAGUAGAAAUAUUCUUUUGUUUUAGGAAUGGUUUAAAUACAGAGCAUACUGUAGCUCAAAUUAUCUGGAUAAGUAGCUAAAAAAGCUCAAAAGCAAAGUGCUUUUUUAGACACAGCUGCCCAGAGCAACUGCAACUGCUUAUCAGAGACUGAUAGAGUGAGAAAGCAAUGGAGAGAAAGGGAGCCAUGGUGGUGGUAGUGCUUUUGUGCUUGGCAGUGGUGAUCGAACUUCCAGAAGCAUCAGCUACGAGAUAUUUAGUGGGAGGGAAAAUGGGUUGGACCAGCAAUGUCAACUAUACUAUUUGGGCUCAGGAUAAGCACUUUUACAAUGGAGACUGGCUCUUUUUUGUGUAUGAUAGGAACCAAAAUGAUGUUCUAGAGGUAAACCAGACAAACUAUGUCUCGUGCAAUGUUGAACAUCCCCUUCACAACUGGACCACCGGAGCCGGAAGAGAUAUUGUUCCACUGAAUGAGCCAAGGCACUACUACUUCAUUAGUAGCAAUGGGUUCUGCUACAGUGGCAUGAAGAUUGCCGUUAAAGUUGAAAACAUGCCUUAGCUAUGUCGUGUUUGUUAGUAUUCUGGAUUAGUAUGAUCACGUGGCGGUCAUAAUAUGUGUGUUUUAAUAGAGUUGUGCUACAUAAUUGGCAUGUCAUGGACUACAAACAUGCGUAUUAUAAAAUAAGUAAAUUAAUAACACAACAUGAUUGUGCGAUUCAAAAUCACACUUAAUUCAUCAUCGAAUUUCGCU